AUGGCGAUGCUGCAUAAAAAGAAGCUUUCGGGCAAGGAUGACAAGUGGGUAUGGGGAAAUGACGAAGGCACAAGCUUCUCAACGAAAAGCAUUCGUAGGGAAAUAACACUAAAAGAGUCAGUUUACAGUGAUGCUGGUUCUUUUUGGUGGAAUUCUUGGGCACCGCUAAAAGUAAAUUAUCACGCUUGGAGAGUUGAACUGAACAGGGUAGCAGCAAAGGUUUCACUGGUAAAUAAGGGGUUACAAAUCCCUAAUAGUACCUGGAGCAGAUGUGGUAUGGCCGAGGAAUCAUGUAACCAUAUUUUUUUUUAUUGUAUUUGGGCGAGAAGCGUGUGGUGGAACAUCUUAAGAUGGAUGAAAAUCCCGAUUCUCUGUAAUGCGAGAUCGGUAUGGGAGAUUGUAGCUCAUGUGACGGCGCAAGUUGGUUCCAAACGAUGGAGGAAAACGGUUCAUUUGGUGACUCUCGGUUGUAUAUGGAGACUAUGGUUGGCUAGAAAUGAAAAAGAGUUUAAAGGUCUGAUGGUGCCGGUCAAUAGGAUCGUGGAGCACAUUAAGGAGGAUAAGUUUUUGUGGAUUAAACACAGAGCAGGGGGUGGAGCUUUAGACUGGAAAAACUGGCAAGAUUUCGACAUUUCUUUGUUAGUGUAA